AUGGCUACCAAGUUGGACAGUGCGGAUGCUGCAGAUGCCCUGAUGCAGCCUCCAUAUGAGGCGAGCGUGGGGAGGUUCCGUCAGCGUCGUAGGCACAGUGUUAUGUGUUCAGGAUACUGCCUUUGGAGCAGGUGGGCUACCAUCUUCCAGAUCCUCAUAGGGGUGGAGCAAAUGAAAACGAAGCAAUUGAAAAGGAAAAGGAAAAGCAAUUUCAAUGUACAAGAAACUCAGACCCUUUUGAAAGAAAUUACAAAGAGGAAAGAAGUCAUUUUUUCCAAGCAGUUCCCUACAACAAUUAAUGCGAUGAAGCAAAUGGCUUGGGAGGAGAUUGCACAGUGUGAAGAAGGAAAACAGAGAACAGGGACAGAAGUGAAAAGGAGGUACCUUGACUGGCGAGCACUUAUGACGAGAAAGAGGAUGAAGGCAAACGUUAAGCUAGUUGGUUCGGGGUUUCCCCUUCCCACAUCCGAUUUAGAUGACUCUCCUCUCACUGAAGAGUUAGAUGAAAAGAUUGGAUUCCGAAAUGAUACAAAUUUUGAUUGGCAAAAUAUGGCAGAUUUCAGGGAUGCAGGUGGAUCCUUAACUGAGGUCAAAGUGGAAGAGGAAGAAAGAGAUCCCCAGAGUCCUGAAUUUGAGAUUGAAGAGGAAGAAGAAAUGUUGUCAUCAGUCAUACCAGAUUCCAGGAGGGAAAGUGAACUAACUGAUUUCCCCCACAUUGAUGAGUUUUUUACUCUGAAUUCAACACCAUCUAGGUGCGCAUAUGAUGAGCCCCAUUUGCUUGUAAACAUAGAGAAACAGAAACUAGAAUUGGAAAAACAACGGCUUGAUAUUGAGGCUGAAAGACUGCAGGUAGAGAAGGAACGCCUACAGAUUGAGAAAGAGACGCUGCGACAGUUAGACCUGGAGCAUGAAUGGCUUCAGCUGGAGAAGGAGUGGCUGCAGAUUGAAAGAGAGAAGUUGAGGUUACAGAUAGUCACCUCAGAGAAACCAUCUUUGGAAAAUGAACUUGGUCAAGGAGAAAAGUCCAUAUAUCAACCACAGGGUAUAGAAACAGAGAAGUUAAAACUUGAGAGAGAAUGCUUGCAACUGGAAAAAGAUAGGCUGCAGUUUUUAAAAUUUGAGUCAGAGAAGCUGCAGAUUGAAAAGGAGCGCUUACAAGUAGAGAGAGAGAGACUACGAAUGCAGAAGGAUGGACACUUGCAGUGA